AUGGGUAUCACUUCCGCAUUAUAAAGAAAGAAACUUUUACAAUGUAAAUAACAUAAAUAAUUAAUACAGGGAUUCAAAUUGGUUUGGAAGAAUUUACAAAUUAUUGCAAAUCACAUACAAGAAAUGAAGUUACUCCACUAAUGGUUUAAACUUUUAUGGAAGUUCAAUAAAUUUCAUCACCUAGAGCUGAAAUUCCAUAUAAAGAAAGGUUGCCUUUGAAAGUGAUUCAAGAUAGAAUUUAUAAUCAAGACAUGAAUAUGAUGUUGAAAUUGAAGAAAAAACUACAUUAGGAUAGAUUCCUAUUGAACCUCUUCCAUCGCUUGGAGGAAGGCAAAAACAAUAAUUUAUCUUACCUACUCCAAAGUCUCAAUAAAAAAUAAUAGAAGAAGACUUAGCAAGAUAAGUGUAAUAAAACAAUAAAAAAGGGAGCAUAAAUUAUAUUAUUAGAAUAUAUUUGCUGAAUAGAUGUAAUAAAUUUAAAAGCCAAUAAUUUUAAGCCCAUAGAAAUAAGUAUAAUAAUAAUCCUUAUAAGAAUCUGAUUAUCAUUUACCAUAAUUUGGCACUCCUAAAUUUGAUAAAUAAGAGAAGAAAGAUACUAAGAAAUAAAAGAAAAUAAUUAAUAAAUAAUAUUAUUUAAUUUAAUCACCUAAAACACAAAAUAUUAAUUAAUUAUUAAAAUAAAAAAGAAGGAUUACCAACCUAAAAAAAGCUAAUAAAGAAGAAUGCCACCAUAGGAAGAAAUCCAGAAAAUAAUAUUUAAUUAUAAUCAAUCAAUAGUAUUUUUAUCUAUAAAUCAUGAAUCCAUUAGUAGGACUCAUGUAUGGGUAAUUUAUUCAUUUUAAUAAAUUUAGCUCGCUUUUAAAGAAAAAUAGUUUUAUUUAUAAGAUAGAGGAAGCUUAAUAGGAACAUUUCUUCUCUUAGAAACUAAAACUUAAUUAAUGCAAGGCUAUAUAAUAUUAAUGGGGGCGACUGAAGUAGUAAGACAAAAUCUUAAAAGAAUGAAUGAU